AUGACACAGCGGUUUGAGGACCUUCUGCUGGGACCCUGGGAAGUGUUGGAGGCUGCCAUCACGGGUAUGCCUCUACCACCGUCUCCAUCACCGCCCCGGGCCGCAGCCCGCAGGCUCCCUCUCCAGACGAUGCCGCUUCCUCGGCCGCGGCGACUUCCGAGGAUAAGUAUCGCCCCGGCCCAGCGAACCGUCGCCCCGGUCCCCUCGACGUCCCGGUCCUCUGCUGGGCCCAAUGUCGACUCGACCCAACCCUCUACCUCAACGGGUCGAACCGGCGCUUGUAGAAGGCCUCCUACAGCUGCAUCAGGAGUAGAUGUGGCACGGCAGAGGUUACGGGAACUGGUGCUGGACCAUUUCCUUCAAGUAUUUGUUUCGCCGGCGCACGCUCCCGUGGCGUGCACUGUGGGGGCGUUGGUUGCGAUGUCCACCCUGAGGGCCGAGCUCAGGGAUAUGCUCUGGCUCGUCGACCAUCUUCUCGACGAGACGCCCCGUGACCAGAGCCUCGUGAUAGCGUACGCGCUUUGGAGGGAAGUGCGCUCGUCGUUGGAGGGUCUGCUCAUCGGCAUCGGCGAGAGCAUGGAGUCGGCGGCCUCGAGGGAUCCCUACGACAUCGACCCUGAGGAACCGGAACCGUCGCCCCGGCUAGGCACGUUCGCUGCUGUGUCUGUAUGGACAGAUUGCCGACGGUAG